AUGGUUCACCAAACUCGCACACCCAGCAAGGCCAUCCCCGCCAAGCACCUGAGUCCCAUGCGCAGCGUGGAGGGUCUGGGCGGGAAGUACGCCGUGUCCAGCAGUCCGGCAGAUAGUUUCCUGCGGAACACGAGGCUCACGGUCCAGAGCAGCUCCCAGCAGUCGGCCGCCUUCAAAUACAACCAGAUGGUCACCCACAAUCGGGAGCAGUUCAAUAGCCUGCACUUCUGCUAGGAGGCGGAUGCGGAGGGAUUCGGAUGGCCUUUGCCACUGGAGAGACCGCGUCGGAGGAGGAAAAUACCACUACGAUGGCGAUUGUUUGUCACAAUAGUCGUACAUAACAGCAAUAAAUUAAUUUGCACAAAA